AGAAAUUCAACCUUAUGAAGAAGAAGAAAAUACUUCCGCAUAAGUCAGAGUUUAUCCUUCUCGGUAAGGUGUCGGAUAGUUGUCCUGAAAUGCCUAAAUUAAAAGACAAAAGACGAGAGAAAACCAGCGUCGCCACUGAGAUUGACCGCUUAGAGGAGCGGAAGGCGCGUUGCCAAGACAACCUGGAGAGGGCAGAGUUCAAAAGCAGGAAAGAGAAGCUCUCUGAGAAGGAAAGGGAGGAACUGGAAGAUGAAAUGGCCAUUAUGAAUGAGAGGGUGCAAAAAUUAGACAAGGAGCUGGAGACAUUACGGGGAGAGAAUCGGAAGAACAUGCUGCUUUCAGUCGCUCUGUUGGUUAUCAGCGCAGUGUUCUAUUAUGCCUUUUUUUACAAUGAAGAAGAUUCAUAAAAUAAGCCAAUAUCUGAAAGGGACCUAGAAGAGCAACGUCAGGACAAUGUUGUUGUGAGGAAAUAUGUGAGGCCAAAGGGCUGUGCAUGCACAGUGAUUAAAUCCAUGAUUGUACUGCCUCUAGGGGGCAGCAUUGUCAUUUUCCUAACUCACUCUGUUCAUCAUGCUGGGUUGAUCCUGCACAGUCAGAACCCCAUCUGAACUCCCUGAACUGCAAAUGUUGUGUUUUAAGCAUGUUUAAACCUUACUUUUCAGCUUUAACUCUCUAAGUCAAAUGUUUUUUUUCCUCUACUACUUGCCAAUUCAAGCAGGAUACUGUGGGAACACUUUGUGCCAACACAUGUUUAUGUAAGCAUGUUUAAGUUUGUUUUAACAGCCCUGAAUUUUAAUACUCUUUCAUGAAACUAAACUAUAAAGGGCCUGUUUACUGUCACAGUCUAUCUUUUUAUUUCUGUAUGAAGAUCUAUAUUAUGACAGUGAACAAGAAGCGAUUAGAGAGUUUUCUAACUUAAUAACCAAUAAAAAAUACCAGUAGCUUUAAGCGUCUGCCACAAACAAACCCAUUUAAUAUGUGUGUUUUAUACCUUAUAUUACAAAAGGUGCUCUGAAAUGUUGCCAAUCAAGUCAGCUUUAGCCUUUCCAGUGAUAUAUGAAUAAAAGCAUGUUUCAUACAGUGAACCACAGUGUGCAGUUACAUACAGAUACAGCGGUUAUAGAAACAUUUGUGAAAAUGUGAACUUGAAGAAUGUAUUUUUUUUGUUUUUGAUACUGAUGCUGGUCAUGUAUCCAUCUGCUAAUAAAAGCUCCAAGAUGCCAAACAUUCAUUGAAAAUGUGCAUACAAUAAAUAAAGGAAUGACAGUGGGGUUUUUAUCUUUAA